AUGGAUGUUGUGGGGGCAAAAAGAUUUGCUUUGAAGGCUGAAAAUUUGUACCCCAAGUUCGAUGAUGAAAAGAUCAAUGGAGAAGUUGAUUGGUACAGGGUGCUUGAUGUUCGACCGUAUGCCGAUGAGGACACAAUUCGGAAACAUUACAGGAAGCUGGCUCUCAUUCGUCAUCCGAACAAAAACAAAUCCGUAGGUGCAGAGGAGGCUUUCAAAGUUCUAUCUGAAGAUUGGAAUUUGUUGUCUGAUAAAACAAGGAGAAUUUCUUACAACCAGAAGAGGAACUUAAGGGGCAGUUAUAUGAAGUUCCCCCAGGUUCAUAAUGCAGGAUGGGACAGAUUUUCUGACUGGGGCUCAUCUACCAAAUUUUCUCAGACAGGUGCAUUUCACGGAUCAGCAAGUAACAUAAAUGUGGCACUGCCAGCUUCUUUCGCCGCUCGAGUUGCUGGUGAUACUCAUCCAGUCAGUAAAACAUUGAAGAGAAGCCGCAAGGAGUCAAAGACAGGUACCAGGACGGGGAAAGCCUGCAAAUGA